CCUGAGUCCAGCCAGAGAGGAGCAGCUGGUUCUGAUCCAGAUCCUCCAGAAAGACCAGCAGAUAGAGCAGGAGUAGCAGGAGGAGGAGGAGAGACCGGCCGGCCUGGACGAUGGAGGGAAGACGUGUUCUGCAGCUGCUCUGUCUGACCUUCACUCUCAUCUCCACCACUCUGCCAUCUCUUCAAGGACUGACUGUGAGUCCCAGCAGAUCUCAGUUCCUUCAGAGAGACUCAGUGUCUCUGAGCUGUGAGGAGGACGGAUGGACAGUUUGGAGGAAGACCAGCAGGAGACAGAGGAGUUCAUGUGAAGACUGGUGGGGAGAAUCUGCUGGUUCCUCCUGUAGAAUCAGCUACAUGCUGACCAGAGACAGUGGAGUUUACUGGUGUGAGUCCAGAGAGGGAGCAGCUGGAAGCAGCAUCGACAUCACUGUAGCUGAUACAGUGGUCCUCCAGAGUCCAGUCCUCCCUGUGAUGGAGGGACAGGACGUCACUCUGGGUUGUAGAACCAGCGCUCCCUCCACCCUCUCAGCUGAGUUCUUUAAAGACGGCGUCUCCAUCGGGACCGAGUCCACAGGUCACAUGACCCUCCCUCCAUGUGUUGGAGAGUCUCCACCCAGCUGGAUCUCUGUCUCAGAUCCUCCUCCUGGUUCCUCCUCUGAUCCUCCUCCUGGUUCCUCCUCUGAUCCUCCUCCUGGUUCCUCCUCUGAUCCUCCUGGUUCUCCUGGUGCUGAGUUCAGUGUUCUCCGCCACCUGCUGGUUUCCUGUCCGUACUUCAUCUCCACUCUGCUCAUGGUGUCGAUAUAUCGAGGCAGAGCCAAAGGAGACAGUGUGCCCGUCUCCAUGGCGACCGCUGGUGAGGUUCAGGCCUCUCAGGGAUUGGACGAAGACUACGAUGACGCCAUGGCGGCGGUCAGCACGGAGCAUCACUUCUGAAGUCAACCAAACUCCUUUAAACUUUAUUGAUGUGAAGAUUUAAACACAGCAACAGUGGAGGAGUGGAAACAGGAAAGGAAUAAAGACAUGAUCUAAAAAACAGUCUGAAGGUCUUCACUGUCAUGUGUGGUCAUGUUUUUCACUGGAAGA